CGGGGGGGGGGGGCGGUUGGGGAGACUCCCCGGUUCUGGCUGUACUCUCCGCCCGCCCGGGCGGGGAGAGCCGGGCCGGGGUACCGCCGCCCGGGCGGCUGGCAGCGAGGGGCGGGCCGGGGCGCGGGGCUCACUGGGGAGGCCGCGGCCUUGCCGUCCGUGGCGAGCGGGUGUCCUCUCUGUCGGCCUGGCUGGGGCUGGGCGGAGGAAGCCGGGGGCGGGGGGUGUCCCGCUCCCCGGGGUGAUGGCGGCGGCGGCUCUUCCUGGCCGUGGCAGCUGUGCUCGGCCGCGCUGGGAGCCGGCGGGGGACCUGGCGCCGUGGCGGCAUUGCCUCUGAGCCCGGCCCCCGCCCCCGCGGGCUCCGGCCUGGGGUCGGGACCUCCCCGGCCGGCCUACCCGCCCCGCCCCGCGCAAGGCUCCCGGGCCCGCAGGGGCGGGUGGGGCCGGCGGGCGGCAGCCGGGUGGGGGCACUGCGCCGGGCGCCCUCGGCAGCCGGCCGCUCCGUCUGGCGUUCACCCGGUGUUUGUGCCGCCCCGGGACCAGGUGCAGGCCCGGUGGGGGUUUGGCGCCGACCCUCCCUCCCUCCCUCCCUCCCUACCGGGCGCCAUGGCCUUGAGGGAGCUGGUGGAACCGGAGUGCGGGGGCUCCAACCCCCUCAUGAAGCUUGCCGGCCACUUCACCCAGGACAAAGCCUUGCGGCAGGAGGGACUUCAGGGCCCGCUGGCCUGGCCCCCCGGGGCGCCCGGAGCUGCUGCCGUAUCCAAACCACUGGGAGUGGCCACAGAAGAUGAGCUGGUUGGAGAGUUCCUACAGGAGCAGAAUGCCCCUUUACUGUCCCGUGCACCCCAGACCUUUAAGAUGGAUGACUUAUUGGCUGAGAUGCAAGAGAUUGAACAGUCAAGCUUCCGACAGGCCCCUCAGCGAGCUCCAGGUGUGGCAGCCCUGGCACUGUCUGAAAACUGGACCCAGGAAUUCUUGGCUGCAGCAGAUAGUGCUGGUGAUGUCUCUUCAGAUUACAAUGAGGCUGACUGGUCACAGGAGUUCAUUGCUGAAGUGACAGAUCCGCUAUCUGUGUCUCCUGCCAAGUGGGCAGAAGAAUACCUAGAGCAGUCAGAGGAGAAACUGUGGCUUGGGGAAUCGGAAGACCAGUCUUUGGCGGAUAAAUGGUAUGAGGAGUAUCAACCUGAGGAUGAUCUUAAGAAAACUGUUAGUGAUUUCCUCUCUAAAGUGGAUGAUCCAAAACUCAAGAAUUCUGAGUUCCUAAAGUUUGUCCGCCAGAUCGGAGAUGGGAGGGUAUCGAUCGAAGCUAAUCAGGUGACCCACAGAGACCAAGAUCAGGCAGAGCAAUGGGCAGCUGAGUUUAUACAGCAGCAGGGGGCAUCCGAUGCCUGGGUGGAUCAAUUUGCACGAUCUGGAAACAUGUCAACUCUUGAUACGGAAUUUGAGCAGGCAAAGACUGCUGUGGAGUCAGAUGUGGACUUCUGGGACAAACUCCAGGCAGAAUGGGAGGAGAUGGCCAAGAGAGAUGCAGAAGCUCACCCUUGGCUCUCUGAUUAUGAAGACCUCAGCUCCUCAUCAUACGACAAGGUCUGGUUUGGGGAAAUUUUUCAGCACAGAGCAAGCAGGAAGAAGAGCCAUUUUUCUCUGGUCUGCUACAGACUAGCAGAGAGGGGUUACCAGUUUGAGGAAGAUAAUCCCAUGAGAGAUCACCCGGAUGCAUUUGAAGAGGGGCGGAAGCGCUUGGAGGAAGGUGACCUCCCCAAUGCUGUCUUGCUUUUUGAGGCUGCAGUGCAACAGAAACCAGAUCAUAUGGAGGCCUGGCAAUAUCUAGGAACCACCCAAGCAGAGAACGAACAGGAGCUUUUGGCCAUCAGUGCCCUCAGACAGUGCUUGGAACUGCAGCCUGGGAACCUCACAGCGCUUAUGGCUUUAGCAGUCAGCUUCACCAAUGAGUCCUUGCAGAAGCAGGCAUGUGAGACUCUGCGGGACUGGUUACGCCAUAAACCGGACUAUGCUCACCUGCUGGAGAAGGAGCCAGAGGAGAGUGUCUCGGGCACAAACCUGGGGCCUUCCAAGCGUGUCCUAGGUUCCCUGCUGUCUGACUCAUUGUUUAUGGAGGUGAAAGAGCUGUUCUUAGCAGCUGUGCGCAGCAACCCCUCGACUGUGGAUCCUGAUGUUCAGUGUGGCCUGGGUGUCCUUUUCAACCUUAGUGGCGAAUACGAGAAGGCUGUGGAUUGCUUCAGUGCUGCGCUCAGUGUGCGCCCCAAUGACCAUCUUCUAUGGAACAAGCUUGGUGCUACCCUGGCCAAUGGGAAUCGGAGUGAGGAAGCUGUGGCCGCGUAUCGUCGGGCACUGGAGCUCCAGCCAGGAUACAUCCGCUCUCGCUACAACUUGGGCAUCAGUUGCAUCAACUUAGGUGCCCACCGUGAGGCUGUGGAGCACUUCUUAGAGGCUUUGCACAUGCAGCAGAAGAGCCGAGGUCCGCGGGGGCAGCAAGGCGCUAUGUCUGACAACAUCUGGAGCACCCUCCGCAUGGCCCUCUCCAUGCUGGGGCAGAGUGACCUGUAUGGGGCAGCUGAUGCCCGUGAUCUUCCCACACUGCUUCAGGCAUUUGGCCUCCAGCAGUGACUCUGGGAUGGGCUCCCCUGCGAAUGCAGGGUUGGCCCAGCCCAGCAGUGACCUUCCUUAGAGAGAAAAUGUUCACUAGGGUUCAUGCGUAUCUUUGCUCUGGUAGGGCAGAUCAUUGGCAACUGUUUUUUUUCAAGGACCUCCCAACUGAAGUGUGCGACUUCCCUGUUUGUCUGUUGUGGCCUGAGCAUCUCUGGGCGGUUCACAUUGUCACCUCCAUGACUGACUGACGCUCUGCUGGUAGGCAGAUGAUCAAAGUGGGGAAGACCACAACAUCCAGCCCUCUUGCAGACUGCAUUUGCAGUAAUGCCCAGCUUGGCUAUGAGACCUUACGAUAGCCAUUCCGGCAGACACUACCUACUGGACGCGUGUCUUGAGUGCAGGUUGCUUUGGUGGGGUGGGAUUUGUCAUUUGGCGAAAAGGUGACAAAUUCUGGGUUUGAGCAUGCUUCCCCCAUGUAUGUGCUUGCAUGUGUGUAUAUGUGGGUUGCUUGGGAAAACUGGGGGCACCAGUCCCCUUUUCUGGGUAUUCAUGGUACAGCCAGAUGCUGGUUUCUCAGCAGAGUUACUGUACUUAUAACUGAGUUAUAAGUUCAGAGUUUCUUUAUGAACCUUUUAAGAGCAGAGUUACUGUACUUAUGGUAGGGACACAGGUGGAGGCCCUUAGCCUGUCACGGUAAGAGGAGAUCCCAGAGUUCAGACUUGAGGGAAAGUGAUAGGAAUAAAGGUCUAAAAUGUAACCUCCCCUCCCGGAAUAUGGCGGGGAAAGGGUCAAGUCUUAAUUUUCACUUGAUCAUCUGUCACGGUUUUCCUUUGCACAGAAGUUCCCCAUCUUGCGUGUAACUGAAUCUUGUUAAUUAUAAAUAUCUGUAUAUGAUUCUAUUGGGGAAAAUGUUUUUUUAAUUGUAAAGUAUUUUGUAUAAUAAAGGAGGGAGAAUUAAAAUUGCCA